AUGACUCGGUCUGAAUACGACGAGCGGUCUCCGUUGCUCGCUCGAUCGUCAAACGCCGCAGAGGCUGCAAAGCAGAUUGACUCUGAAAUCCCCAAUGGGGGCACAUGGGCCUGGCUACAGGUUCUCGCAGGUCACCUUGUGGUCUUCAAUGUUUGGGGUUAUAUCACCUCAUACGGAUUUUUUCAAGAGUACUAUGUCAAGAAUCUCCAAAUAAGUCCAGCCGAUGCAUCCUGGAUUGGAGCAGUCCAGAUGUUCAUGGUACAUCUACUUGGAACAUUUUCUGGUCGCGCAAUGGACGCUGGCUACCUUCGCACCUGCAUUGCCACCGGCUGUUUCUUACAAGCACUUGGAGCAUUUGCCACGUCCUUUGGCUCAAAAUUAUGGCACUUUUGGCUUGCGCAAGGUCUCUGCAGCGGGAUCGGCCAUGGACUAGUCUUCAGCCCAAUGAUUUCGCUAUUCUCGACCUGGUUUACCACGAAGCGAGUCAUGGCUGUGUCCCUGGCUUCUUGUGGCGCUGCUACUGGCGGAAUGGUCUUUCCUACAAUUGCAUACUACUUGUUCGACAGGCUCGGCUUUGCAUGGACUGUGCGACUUAUGGCUUUGAUCAUCUCGAUGAAUGGGCUUGUCGUGUCUGCAGUGACCAGAGCUAGAAUAGUCGCUAAAAAGUCCAGUCCGUGGUUUGAUAUCUCUGCAUUUAGAGAGCGCUCAUACACGAUGUUUUCUAUUGGAUCAUUCUUCAUCUUCGAAGGGAUUUACUUUGCAUACAUCUAUGUGAGACAAUUUGCCCAAACGAAAACGGGCUUUUCUUUCCAGGAGUCCCUUGUCCUAUUAUUCUUGAUGAAUGGUGUCGGACUUCCGAGCCGUAUCUUAGUUGCCUGGGUAGCCGAUCGCUACUUAGGGGCUGUGAAAACUUGCAUUUUGGUCUCUAUUCCUUGCGGAGCCAUGCUACUCUGCUGGAUCGCUGUUGAUACACACCAAAGCAUGCUAAUAUGGGCCACUUUUUACGGUAUUUUUGCCAAUUGUGCUUUGAGCCAAGUGCCAGCGUCCAAUGCCUAUUUUGGUGCCAAGGAUCCUGAGAAGUCAGGGACCCGAGUUGGGACAAUCACCACAAUCAACAGCAUCCCGCUUCUUACCGGACCAUAUAUUGCAGGCAAGCUCAUUGCCUUGAAUGGUGGGGACUACCUGUACGCCCAAAUAUUUGGUGGACUCUGUAUUAUCAUUGGAGCAAUAUUCCUGGUCGGUGCUCAAUUGGCGGAUGGACGAAAGCUGAACUAG